AUGAAGUUAAGAGAUGAACUGGAUGUAAUUACAACAAAGACAAAUACUGAGUUGGAUAAAAUUAAAAAUAAUACUAAAGAAAUGUAUGAGAGAGAAAACAGGUGAGAAGUAUAAGACAGUAAAGAUAUAGGUAUGGUUUCAACUACCUAAAAAGAAAAAGAGUAAGCCUAGUACUAAUAUAUUACCUUCGGCUGCACAGGAUACAAACACAUUAACGGUUUGUAUAUAUUAGUUUCCUAUAAACACAGUUAGUAACCUCGUGUCUAUAGUGUUGUUUUAGUCCAUAUCUUGGAUUUCUCAGGACGUUUCGGACAUUUAUAUCGUCUUAUAGUUUCUAACUUUAUUCUUUGUAAGAAACUUAGUAUUUCUUCUUUUCGAAUGUUCAAUGCAUGUCAAUGUCAGUUUUGCAUAACUUGUAAAGUAUAUUAUAAUAUUUGUAAUAAGACGUCUCGAUGCAAAAGAGCCAUGUAUUUUUUAUGAUUUUUCCACCAUGUAUUUUUCAUAAAUUUUCAAUGAUUAAUUUCCCAAUGAAAUUUUACAGAGCCAUUUUUUACUAAUUUAUUCUUCAAAAAUUUAAAAUCUUAGAAACUUGAGAGAAGCAAGAGACAAUGCACUUGCAGAAAAAGACAGAGCUGUACAUGCUGAACAACAGAUGACGUCACGAUAUGAACAGGUGUUCCAAGAGUAG